CGUAUAUUUCUAUUUUCAAUUUCCCACCGAAUUCCUCUCUCCUCUCGCACUCUCAUAUUUUAUUUUUUCCGCUUAAAUUACGUACUCUGAGCAAACCUCUCUUCUUCCCUUUGCUCCUCUCUCUCCACCGCCCUAGUUUUCCAUUUUGAAAAACCGUUUCCGCCUCUAUUUUCCUUUCUACGGCCAUUAAACCGCCACAAGAAGUUCCACAAACAACCUUUUCUUGAUCUACUACUACUAUUAUUAUUAUUAUCAUCAUCAUCAUCAUCAUCUUAAGCAAGCUUGGUAGCUCCUUUUGAAGCUUACUUUCGAAGUAGACGAAGAGAAAUGGAUUGUUGAUCAGGUCUUAAUCAAUAUUAACGAAAAUGCGUUAUGUUUUUUGGUUCUGCUAGUUGAAUAUCAUAUUAUCUGCUUGAUUUUCAGGGAUUGGCCGGUCAAACUAGUGGUUAUAUUCAUUGUUUUGAAUUUGAAGAUGACCUGAAUUUCUCUCUCUUUCUGUUUGGCCUGAGAGAGACAAAUUAAGAGUCAAAAGCGAGCAUACGUGCGCUCGUGCGGGUGUGCUCUUUCGUUUUAUUUGGUGGUUGUUUCGGUUGCUGCUGUGACGUCCGAGAGAAAUGCCUCACAGAACGACUUACUUCUUCCCUAGGCAAUUUCCGGAUCGGUCUGGAUUCAAUGCAACUUCUAAUCUACUCUCCGAUUACGAGAAGAAGAAGGUAAUCAAAGACACUUUUAACACCGAAAAUGACCAACGAAAUGACUUUACGACUACAGUUGGAAAGAUCAUAUCACCAACCCCUACGACGACUCGAACCCCAACGACAACGACUACUGCUGCUGCACUAACUCCAGUAUCCGAUCUCUUCACGAGCAGCGAUGACGAGAAGUACCAUGGAAAGAAGAAUAAGCAAUUUGGCGAGGAUGAUAAGUUUCAAAAAAAGAAAAAGCAACUUGCCGCUUUUUACGAUUGGUUGGCCGAGAAAAAGGCGAAUGGAGCUGCUGCUCAUGUGAAGUUGCAAAGAUUAUCGUCUGAUGACGAGGAUCGUUAUCUCUUGCUUGCGCCGGAAAUUGUAGAGCCGGAGCGGGGGCAGGAGCAGGAGCCUGAGCCUGAGCCUGUGCCGGAACCGGAGAUUAUCAAAGAAAGGGAUGUCGACCGGAACUUUGAUUGCCAGGUGUCGUUGCCUAGAUUAUCGAGCGGAAGUAGUUAUGCGGGAAGCUUGUUUUCUGGAACUACAUUGGAUGGGAACUUUUUGAGCGAUGUUAAGGACACUGCAACGACUACUACGAGGCGGGAGGUGGUGCAGGAACAGGCACUGGUGGUGGAGGAGGAUGGGAAGAGCGAUGACAAGGUGGCGCAAAGGACUAAAGAAGUUUACUAUUUGCAGUUGGCUUUGGCUAAAAGGCUUAGUUUUCAAUCUGGUCUUGCUAGUGAGCUUGUGCUUUUGCAGGAGGGCGGACCUGAGUUCUCCUUUGACGUAGAAACAGUAUCUUAUCGUCUAUGGGUCAGUGGAUGCUUGUCAUACAGUGACAGGAUAUCAGAUGGAUUCUAUAACAUUCUCGGGAUGAAUCCAUAUUUGUGGGUGAUGUGCAAUGAUGAAGAUGAAGGAAGGCGGUUGCCGUCUUUAAUGUCCCUUAAAGAAAUUGAACCUAGUCAGACAUCAAUGGAAGUGGUUCUCGUUGAUGGCCGUGGCGACUCACGCCUUAAGGAGCUAGAGGAUAAAGCUCAUGAACUGUACUGUGCCUCUGAAAAUACAUUGGUGUUUGUGGAGAAACUGGGAAAACUCGUUGCUAUUUGCAUGGGAGGGACUUUCCCUGUGGAGCAAGGUGAUCUUCAUAAACGCUGGAAAGUAGUUAGCGGGAGAUUGAGGGAUUUCCACAAGUGUAUUGUGCUCCCCAUUGGCAGCCUAUCCACAGGACUCUGUAGGCAUCGCGCAAUUCUGUUUAAGAAGUUGGCAGACUACAUAGGUUUGCCGUGUCGGAUAGCUCGAGGGUGCAAGUAUUGUGUAGCGGACCAUAGAUCUUCUUGCCUUGUCAAAAUUGAGGAUGACAGACAGUUGUCCAGGGAAUAUGUAGUUGAUCUUGUUGGGCAGCCAGGAAAUAUCCAUGGUCCAGAUUCCACCAUCAAUGGAGGAUUCGUAUCUUCUAUCCCUUCGCCAUUUCAGAUUUCUCAUCUAAAAGAGUUCCAAAAUUCCUACGUGGAUAAUGCUACUUGUCAGCUUCUAAGUUCAAAACCUUCAGCUAUUCCUAGAAUUCCUCAACGAUCAGGCAGGGAAGAAGGCAGCCAACAAACUGGGAAUCUCAAGUUCUCCACAUACAUUCCAGUUGAUCAAGCCUCUCUUGGAAAUGGUUCGUCGCUGACAUCUUUAGACACAACUGGGAAUGCUGAAGCUCUUGAUGGAGCUGCAGUGCCAUCAAUUCAUGAAUGUUCUACCUUUGAACUUGAAGCAGACCGAGUUGUUAUACAACCAACUUACAAAAAAGAGAUUGUGGUGUCUGGAAGUCCAAUUGUCAACAAUGCUCUCAAGCAAAAUAGCAUGAACUUAUCAUGUCAGUCGGAUGUGAAAGAGGUGGAGAGCAAGCUUGCCAAUCAAGGCAGAUUACACACUGCGACCAUCCCACAAUAUUUGAAUCUUGAACCUUCACUUGCGAUGGACUGGCUUGAGAUCUCAUGGGAUGAAUUGCAUAUCAAGGAGCGAGUUGGAGCUGGCUCAUUUGGGACAGUACAUCGUGCUGAAUGGCAUGGAUCGGAUGUUGCUGUCAAGGUUUUAUCUGUUCAAGAUUUCCAUGAUGAUCAGUUGAGGGAGUUUUUAAGAGAGGUUGCAAUAAUGAAACGUGUCCGCCAUCCAAAUGUGGUUCUUUUCAUGGGUGCCGUCACAAAGCGUCCUCAUCUAUCAAUAGUGACAGAAUAUCUACCCAGGGGUAGUCUAUACCGCCUCAUACACAGGCCAACUGCUGGGGAAAUGCUGGAUCAAAGGAGGCGGUUACGUAUGGCGUUGGAUGUGGCGAAGGGCAUCAAUUACCUUCAUUGUCUGAACCCUCCGGUUGUUCAUUGGGACCUUAAAUCUCCAAAUUUGUUGGUGGAUAAAAAUUGGACAGUGAAGGUGUGUGAUUUUGGGCUGUCUAGGUUUAAAGCAAACACAUUCAUAUCAUCAAAAUCAGUAGCAGGAACACCUGAGUGGAUGGCUCCAGAGUUUCUCCGUGGAGAGCCCUCAAAUGAGAAAUCUGAUGUCUAUAGUUUUGGAGUCAUCUUAUGGGAGCUUGUUACCAUGCAACAGCCUUGGAAUGGACUUAGUCCUGCACAGGUGGUUGGAGCUGUAGCUUUCCAGAACAGAAGGCUUACCAUACCACCAAAUACCUCCCCAGCGCUGACUUCUCUUAUGGAAUCUUGCUGGGCUGAUGAUCCAGCUCAGCGCCCGACUUUUGGUAAGAUAGUAGAGACAUUGAAGAAGCUGCAGAAGUCUCCAAUUCAGUUGAUACAAAUGGGUGGACAAUAAUAGUGCUUCCACCAAGCCACGUAAUAAUAUGGAUGGAAUGCUUCGAGUAAUAGAGAGCUGUUUUCGGAGACAUAGUUGAGACUAGCAAUUAGUAACUGAAACAUCUUAGUACUUUUGUACUACUAACAGAACCGGUUCCAUUCCCAGCAACUGUAGAUUUGUUGCUUAUCUAACCUAUUUGGAAGGCAGUGGAAGUCGCCGAUGUGGAAACCUGCUGUUUAAUGCGCAGAGGUUCCUUCUGUAUUUGUAUAUAUGAGAAGUCUUUCUCAUAUGAGCUAUUUCUUCUUGCAUAUCCGGAAAAUAUAGUUGUAUUCUGGAUCUACUUCCAAAUGUAAUAUUUUGUUUGUAACAAACGCUGCAGUUCUGAACUGUGAUGAGGAAGUAUCCUCGUAAAUGUUCUUAUAAUUGCAUCAUGAUGUAAUAAUAACCAAACUCCCCUGUAUAUAUUUGAACUUGAACGCAAAUGGAAGUGGGUGAACGAAACUUUAUGCUAA